AUGACAUCACGAAGUGCCCCUUCUUUGUGUGUCAGUGAUGUCACCAAAUGCAGUGUGGGGGACAAUGGAAUCCUGAACUCCGGGCGAGGGCGAGUGGGAAGCGGCUGCUCCUGCUGCUGGUUCAGGGCUGAGCCGGGGGAGGGAAGGGAGGACACAGCUGCUGCUUUAGGGCUGAAACAGGUGAGAAGUUGCUGCUGCUGCCGGAGGGACAAAGCAGCGAGAGAGACACGAGUGGCCAGGCCCAGCCGCACCGAGGAGGAGCAGCCAGACACAAAGGGAGAGACAGAGAAAGAGACAAGCACGCCUAAGAAGAAGGAAAGCAAAGUCAGCAUGAGUAAAAACUCUAAACUGCUAUCUACCAGUGCCAAGAGGAUUCAGAAGGAAUUGGCUGACAUCACCUUAGAUCCACCUCCCAACUGCAGUGCUGGCCCCAAAGGUGAUAACAUCUAUGAAUGGAGAUCAACCAUUCUAGGACCUCCAGGUUCAGUCUAUGAGGGAGGUGUUUUCUUCCUUGACAUCACAUUUACACCAGAAUAUCCCUUCAAGCCUCCAAAGGUAACGUUCCGGACAAGGAUCUACCACUGUAACAUUAACAGCCAAGGCGUCAUCUGCCUGGACAUUUUAAAAGACAACUGGAGUCCAGCGUUAACCAUUUCUAAAGUUCUCCUCUCCAUCUGCUCCCUCCUCACAGACUGUAACCCCGCUGACCCCCUGGUUGGAAGCAUUGCCACUCAGUAUAUGACUAACAGAGCAGAGCAUGACAGAAUGGCCAGACAAUGGACCAAAAGAUACGCUACAUAAAUUGGAUUUUCUUCAAACUCUUACAUUAUUUGUCUGUGAUGGAAAGAGCUGCUUAUGAUUUUGAAGGGGUGGGGGGAGGGAGGGUGCUGGUAAAGAGUAGGGUAUUUCUAUAACAGAUUUUAUUCAGUCUUUUAUUUCCUAAGAUUUUGUUGUUGUAACUUAAGGUAUCUUGCUACAGUAGACAGCUAGGAUUUGGAAUAGCAUACUUUAAGACUGUAAUUAGUUAAGCAAUAUUAGCUCACAUAUAGUACCGAGAAGAAUGUAAACUUCUUAGACUUCUUUGGUUUUCAGUUUGCUUGCAAUAUGUAAAAGAUUAAAACAGCUUAAUUUUGUACAGGUACAUAGGUUGACAUUUAUGUAAAAGUCCUUUCAAGACUCUACACACUGUUUUUGCUUUUUGUUUGUUUGGGUUUGAGGGAUUUAUUUUGUUCUAGGUUGAGCUUAUUUUUUUCUUUCUUUCUUUUUUUUUUUUGUAAAAAGAUGUUGGGAUUGUUUUUCCCUAUGGAGGGCACAUUGGUAUUUAACAAAUCCUUUUUAAAGACUGUCAUCUCAUGAUCUGUGAUAUGGAGAGGUGGAUAUAUCGCCUCAUAUAUGAAAUGAGAAGUAGUUAAUGUAUUAUUUUAUAAGCCAAUCUAUCUUUGUGAAAAGAAUAAAGGGUUUAAUCAGGACUUACGGUAACCUGUAGUGAAAUACCUUAAGCUGUUUAACUGUAAGGUGUGGAAUAGGAGUCACUCAGUGGAUUGGUUGUAUGUUGUGGGCUACUUAAGUCUGCAUUUGUUACUGUGCUAAUAAAAAGAUGUUUAAAAAAAGAAAAAGAAGAAGAAAA